GGAGCUGAUGAGAGUUAAGUGCCGUUAAGUCGAGUGCAGUCCGCCCUGCAGCCUCUCCUCCCUGCCCUUCCACAUCUUUCCCCCCCCAACCGAGCUGCUGUUUUGUGCCUCCAUCUUUUGGACCUGAAACACACUAGGUCCUGAAGUCACACACACACACACACACACAUACACAAAGUUACACACCUCACCGCCAGCCCCACUAACCAGGAUGAUCACCUCGGAGCUCCCCGUCCUACAGGACUCGUCCAAUGAGUCUGGGGCAACAGACGCAGUGGGCUUAAGUAUGAGCAUCAGUGAGAUUGAAGAACCAGAGGUCAAAGGCAAGAAGAAGAGAGGGAGGCCUGGAAAAGCAGCCCAGUCAACCAAUAAGAAGCCUCGUAAGGCGCCGGCGGAAAAGUCUGUGAGCGUAGCACGAGGGCGAGGAAAAGCCAACGGUGUGGUUCAACAUAAUGGAGACGGAGGAGACCCCGUCACGCUGUUUGAAGUGGUCAGAAUGGGGAAGAGCGCCAUGCAGGUGGGUGGGAUACAAGCUUCUGAAACACAUAGUCAAAAGCCAAA